AUGCUGUACCGGUUUGGAUACGUUAACGGUCUCAACUUCGUGCUUCCUCGAGUCCCGGUCAACGUUGGCUGGCCACACUACCUUCGGGCGGAGGACUACCUCCCGCUGAAGGACGGGUAUCACUUUGACGCUCUUGUUGACCAUACGGUCUACCAUAGACGGAUCAUUGACAACCUGAUGCCAGCCGACACAGCCUUCAUUGCAAUGCUGCGCUACCCUCUACACCACCUCAAGUCGGUCUUCAGCUGGUAUAAGGUUCCAGGUCAACUCAACUUAAAAGAUGCUAGAAACCCUCUGGAAACGUUUUUGAGAAACUCUAGAAGAUAUCAAGAGAAUUCGAUACUUAAGGAGCUACCAACUGAGCCAAGGUCUUCCUCCUUGACGCGAAACUUCAUGGCAUACGAUUUAGGCUAUCCACCUGGUUUAGCUGAUGAUAUGGACAUGGCGCAAGUGUAUGUACAAAGGUUGGAUAGUGAACUGGACUUAGUCAUGAUUCUGGAGUAUCUAGACGAGUCGCUUGUUCUCCUCAAACGCACCAUGUGCUGGUCCAUACGGGAUAUCUUGUACGACACCUUCAACGAAGCUAUCGGGUACAGAUACAACAUGGAUCUAACGCCAGAUAUGGAUGCCAACUACAGAAAAUGGAGUAAAGUCGACUACCUUCUAUACGAACACUUCAACAAUAGCCUCUGGAAGAGGAUAUCACAAGAAGGGGAUGAUUUUCAUCAAGAGGUUGAACAUUUUGUUUCCGUAAAUAGUCAGGUGAAGUCGUUCUGUGAGAAAAAGAGAAAUGAUCAAAUCGUCAUUCCGGCUUCCAAGUGGGACGCGCAUGCGCUUUCUGUGAACCAGUCGUUUUGCCACCUGUUGCAGACGACGAGGAUGACAUUUUACAAAGCCAUUUUGAAGCGUCAACGUAGCAAGCUACUUUUCAUUGACUACGGGAUCAAACCUGUAUCCAGAAAAAGGAAAGCUAGGACAAUAAAGAAACGCAAGAAAAGCAAGUCAGACAUACUCUCAGGUAAACAACAGAACUGA